AUGACUGGGGGAUACACAGGGGAAAACUCUUAUUGGAACUUGUUGCACCAUGAGGAUUUGCUUCAGAACCUGCUGCCUUUCAUCUUCAUGUACCUUUGCUCCAUCUGUUAUCAGAAGACGUGCCAUUGGAUUGUGAAGAACUGCUGCUUUGAAUAUGAUUUACAUUCUGUUCUACUGGGACCUGAAGUGGACUUGCUGCCUCGGCUGCUCCUUCCAUUGGCUGGCCCAGAGGAGUUUGAUGAAGAUGACAUGGAGCGCCUGCCACCAGAUCUCCAGUAUCUUCCACCAACACAAACUCGUGAACCUGAUCCUGAGAGUCGUAAAAUGCUUGUCCAAGCACUUACAAAACUGAGCAGCACCAGGUCUGGGCGAGCAUACCUUAAAGAGAAGAAUGCAUAUGUUAUUCUCCGUGAGUUGCACAAGUGGGAGAAAGUAGAAGACAACCUCAGCACACUAAUGGAUUUGAUUGACAUACUCAUUGCUGAUGAGCCCCAGGAAGGCAUGGAGGAUCUUCAUAAGGUUGAAAUUCCUUUAGACAUAGCAAAGAAGUUUGAGGAAAAUCCUUAGGGUUAUCAAAAUAUGACAAAGUGGGUAGGGGACACUUCUGGGCAAACUAUCAUCCUUCUCAAAAUGUGCUGAGACGUUAUACCUUGUCUGCACAUGUUUUUUGUGUCCACAUGUGCUAAAAUAAGCCUUUCAAAAGUGACAGCUGAGUUACUAGACUUCCCUUUUUGUGUAGGCAGUAUGUGCUUUGGGCAUGUAUAUAUCAAUUUGUAAUGUUAUUUUUACAGAAACAUGCCUUUGAACUAUGAGUUUCUUUGUACAGUUUAAAGAAAAGGCAUUAUCUAGUUGAUGUCAGAAAAACAUUAGUCCAAGGACAUGAAAUAAAAUGUGUUGAAAGAAUCCCUCUGGUGGUUCACAAGUAGCACAGCAUACACAUGAAUGCAAUCUUUCAGGCAUGUGACAAUCAAUAGAUAACAUAUAUAUGAAUGUUAUCUUUCAGGCGAGUGACAACAGAAUGCACGUGAAAGUAAUCUUGGGAAUUCUUUAAGCAGAUUGCUUUCAGGGCUUCUGCUUACGCAAAAAAUUGCGUACAGUACGCAUUAAAAGUUCGGAGGACCCCUUCAAUUUUCGUCAAUGGGGUCCCCUUCAAAUUUGGGCGAAGAACAGGGACCCCUUAAAAAUCUGAAGAAGGGGUCCCUGGGACCCCAAAGAAUUUAGCCUUAGCAGAAGCCCUGACUUUACCAACUAGUAGCCUGGUAGCAGUGUGUUACUUUUAUUAUUAUUAUUGUCAUUUUUUCAGCAUGGUCUACAUAAAGCGUUCAGCAAGGCUUUCACAAUAGUGAUACAAAGUUAGCAGAGCACCAAGUUUAUAAUAGUUGUAAUUCUGGCAAUGCACUCCCCUCUCUUGUACCUAUAUUGAAUGAUUAAAUGUUAUGGAAAUAAAGACAAAAGGAUCAUAAUAUUUUGUUGGCACGGAGGUGAGUUUCAUGUGUUAAUUGCUGAAAGAUAUCUGUUGAACUGUAAGACUAAGCGUAACAUGCAAGUUACAGGGUUUUUAGUGUGUGAAGACUGUACAUGACCACCAGUGGCGUGUGUUUGAGGUGGGCCAGAAGAGGAUCAAUGUUAUCGUCCCUACAGUGACGCUUCAGACCUUGUGCUAGUCUCCUGCUACAACGACUGCUGAAUCUCACGGGCAGAGUGCAGGUGUCACAGGGCAGUGUAACAUGGCUUGUCAACAUGGGGUCAUCUGUUUGUCAAACAUCUUUAGAAAAGGGGACAUGCGGUCUCCUUUCCUGCUUUGUCCAUAACCCUACAAAAUUCAGACCUCUCAACAUCAGUAUUUAUUGUGAGCAGUAUAGGUCUGUUAGGGAUGAAGUACACUCAGUUGUGAACUUGACCUUUCGUGGUAUAGUGACUUGUUUGUGUCAUGACUGUUUUGCAAAGAAGGACUUCAAGAUAUAUGCUGAUAAUAUCAUCAUGAUAAUAGAGGACAUUUAUUGUGCAGCAUCACAACUUAAGUAGGUUAUACUCUCUGUGCUAACCAACAAUAAUAAAUGACAUUUAAAACACUGUAACUGUUCUGUAUAAUUAGCAGAUAACCUUAGAUCAUGAUUGAAAGUGAAUGGUAGAAAGUGUAAUUGGAAGUAAUUUCAAGGAAUAUGUGAAGUGAAUAUGGAUAAGCUGUAAUAUUUAUAUAAGGAUGCUGGAAUAUUUGAUGCUUAAUGUAAGGUGAAGCUUAGUGAAAUUUGGGAUUACCUCUGAGAGGGGAAAUGCAGUUUUUCUUGCGUGUCCUGUAUGUUAUUUGUAUUAUUCCCAUCGGCAUUCAUCACCUGCCUGUGAAUCCAUACUUGGUUGUUGGUGUCUUUUCCUAACUGUACUUAAGGUGACCAGACGUUUCGGGGGCGAAAGCGGGACACGUGCCGAUGAUGGUGUCGUCACCGUCAAAAAACGCCGAAAAAAGUGAUUUUUAAAGACAACCGGGACAUUUUAUAGACUUGCCAGAAAGCCAGAAAGCGGGACAUUGGGCGUCCCGCCCGAUAUUCAGGCGGGACACGAGGUCAAAAGCGGGACUGUCCCGCCAAAUGCGGGACGUCUGGUCACCUUACUGUACUUUAUAAAUGUAGACAGGUGUCAAAUGCAGAUAUUGGGAAAUAACCUAUGUUGUUUUGCUUAACCCAUUUAUGCUGCAGGUUUAUUCAUGUAUGUAACCUACAGAUAUUCAAGAAACAAGAAUUUGAAGAGAAAAAAAUGUAUUUUGUUCCAACAAUGGAAUGUGAGGUAUAAAGGGCUUAAAGUUCCUUGUCAAAAAAAAUAUGCAACCUGGACAGUCAAAAGAAAUCUUAGUGAUUUGUUGAUGGAAUGUACAAUUGUCACAGAUGUGAGUGACAUAGACCUGACACCAUCACUGAACCUCAUUAACAUCCUGUAAUUUUUAAACAGAUGGUUUUUUUUAUUAUUAUUGUCACUGUUCAUAUGGAAGGAAACAGAAAAUAAUUGUUACUUGCCUUUCAUAUUGUUCUGUAGGAGAAAGUAUUAUGUGUCAUCACAUAAAAAAGAAAAAAAUAAACAAAUAAGUCACAUCCA